UUGCUGUCAGACAGGGGAAAGAGGCGAGAGUCAAUGAUGGCUGCUUCCUUGGUUUGGUUGUUAAAGAGACUGUACGUUUUCUUGUUGAUAUGUCCCCUCUGUGUCCCGGGCUUCUUGAAUUUGGAGGAGCUUAAUGAAAUGAAAUAUGGGAUUCAGAUUCUUCCCGAUCCUGUCAUCCUGGGGCAGACUAAGACAGAGGAGGUUAUGAUGGUGUCCAGUAAGUACAAACAGCUCUAUGAGUGUCGACUUCCAGCCCAGGCUGUGCGUUUUCAUCAGGAUCCCGCCACUGAGCCUGAGUCGGAGGGUUACACUGGGCCAGAUAUCCCAGACCUGCUCAAGCCCAUGCACAAUGCCCCAUGUCUACUCAAGGUUGGUCCUUAACUACUUAUCUGUGUAAUCCAACAGUGAAAUGCUUAAGCUGUUUACACAGUGGUGUGACUACAAUAAUAAUACAACAAUAAGAACACAAGAGCAAAACACACCAAAAGCGUGUGUAUAUUUGCCAGUUUAAGUAAACUAUUUUAAAGACACACAUGGAUGCCCCAGAAGCUUGCCAAAAACAACACUGGGAGGCUCUUGAUUCAGUAUUCAUUGGAUUAAAGGUUGCUUGUCUGCAUCAGUGACUGGGUACAAAAGCAGUAUAUC